AUGGCGCUCAGGUUCUUGGUUUUACUACUGGUAUUUGCCCCUGUCGCCGUCAGUCAGCAAGAUUUCCUGAGCAUCGACUGCGGCCAUGACGCCAACUACAGCGGGUACACGGACAAGAUCACCGGCAUCUUCUACGUCUCUGACGGCUCCUACAUCGACGCCGGCGAGAACCACAGGAUAGCCCCCGACCUCGAGGCCGUGUGGUGGGACCGUUCCCAAACGCUGAGGAGCUUCCCGUCCGGCGAGCGGAACUGCUACGCGCUCCCCACCGUGGCCGGGACCAAGUACCUGGUGCGGGCGGAGUUCACGUACGGCAACUACGACGGCAAGAACAGCUCGUCGCUGCAGUUCGACCUGCACCUGGGGGCCAACUACUGGCAAACAGUGUACCCGAAUGCGUGGAGCAGCUACGCCUACGAGGCGAUCUUCGUCGCGUGGGCAGGCUGGGCGCCGUGGUGCCUGGUCAACACCGGCCACGGCACGCCGUUCGUGUCUGUCUUGGAGCUCAGGCCGCUCGGCCGGCUCGGGGACGCGCUCUAUCAGCUCGUCACACCCCGCCUGGUCAUAUCAGUGUUUAGGCGCAUAAACAUGGGGGCCGGCGUUUCAGUUGUGCGGUAUCCUGACGAUCCAUACGACCGUUUCUGGUGGCCGAUGGAGAAUGCUAGCCCAGGGUGGGUGAACCUAUCGACCACACGGCCUAUUCAACCGGACAGGAGUGAUUACGCCGUGCCCUCGCGCAUUCUGCAGACAGCCGUUGCGGCAUCGGGCAACGACACGGCGCUCACCGCCAUCACCUGGCAAUACAAAACCAAGUACUCGUUCAUGAUGUUGCAGCACUUCGCCGACUUCCAGGACACCCAGCUUCGGCAGUUUGAUAUCCUCAUCAACGAGAAGGAUGGGUCGGGGCGGAAACUCAAGUCCUACAGCCCCCCGUACCUGGCUUCACAGACGGUGUACACUGAAUCCUACAGGGCUAACGACGGCAGGUACAACAUCACACUUGUUUGCACCAACGCCUCCGUGCUGCUGCCUCCGAUGAUCAAUGCGCUCGAGAUCUACGUUCGCGUCCCGUACGAGAAUCCGACGACACUCCCUAGUGACUUUAGAGCUAUCUACUCUAAAAGUGAUCCAUCGUAG